AUGGUUUUAGCUGACUUGGGGAAACGUAUUAACAGUGCAGUUAAUUCUGCUUUGUCAAAUACUCAAGAUGAUUAUGCCACUGCUGUCGAUAUCCUGUUGAAAAAUAUCGUCACUGCAUUGCUAGAAGCUGAUGUCAACAUCCAAUUGGUUUCAAAAUUGAGAGCAAACAUUAAGGCAAAGUUAUUGGAUCAAAACUCUAAUAAUAACAAUCAAACUUCAAAAUCUGGUCAAACUAAAAAAUUAAUACAAAAAACUGUCUUCGAUGAAUUAUGUAAUUUGGUCGAUGGUAACACGGACCAACAACAACAAUUCAUACCAAAGAAACGUAAAACUAAUAUCAUCAUGUUCGUAGGUUUACAAGGUUCCGGUAAAACUACCUCAUGUACUAAAUUGGCCGUUUAUUAUCAAAAGAGAGGUUUUAAAGUAGGUUUAGUCUGUGCUGAUACGUUCCGUGCAGGUGCUUUUGAUCAAUUGAAACAAAACGCUAUAAAAGCCCAUAUCCCCUUUUAUGGUUCUUACACUGAAGCGGAUCCUGUAAGAGUAGCCUCUGAAGGUAUCGCAAAAUUUAAAAAGGAAAAAUUCGAUAUUAUCAUCGUCGAUACUUCUGGUAGACAUCGUCAAGAAGAACAGUUAUUCCAAGAAAUGAUAGAAAUAUCUAAUGAAAUUAAACCAAACCAAACUAUCAUGGUUUUGGAUGCCUCUAUCGGUCAAGCCGCUGAACAACAAUCAAAAGCUUUCAAAGAAUCUUCUGAUUUCGGUGCUAUUAUAUUAACUAAAAUGGACGGUCACGCUAAAGGUGGUGGUGCAAUCUCUGCAGUCGCCGCUACUAAUACCCCAAUCAUCUUCAUCGGUACUGGUGAACAUAUUCAUGAUUUGGAGAAAUUCUCUCCAAAAUCUUUUGUUUCAAAAUUAUUAGGCAUCGGUGAUAUUGAAAGUUUAUUCGAACAAUUGCAAACUGUAUCAAAUAAGGAAGAUACAAAGGCCACUAUGGAGAAUAUCCAACAAGGUAAGUUCACCCUUUUAGAUUUUAAAAAGCAAAUGCAAACAAUAAUGAAAAUGGGUCCUUUAUCAAACAUUACUCAAAUGAUCCCAGGUAUGAAUAAUCUAAUGAAUCAAGUUGGUGAAGAAGAAACUUCUCAGAAAAUGAAAAAAAUGAUUUACGUACUAGAUUCAAUGACAAAAGAAGAAUUAGAAUCUGAUGGUAGAAUUUUUAUAGAUCAACCAACAAGAAUGGUAAGAGUGGCAAAAGGUUCCGGUACUUCUGUCUUCGAAGUUGAAAUGAUUCUAAUGCAACAACAAAUGAUGGCAAGAAUGGCUCAAUCUACUAAAGCUGCAAGUCAACAAGGUGGUAUGCCAGGUAUGCCAGGUAUGCCAGGUAUGCCGGGUAUGCCGGGUAUGGCAGGAAUGCCGGGAAUGCCAAAUAUUCCAGGUAUGCCAAAGGUAACUCCUCAAAUGAUGCAACAAGCUCAACAAAGAUUAAAACAAAAUCCAAAUCUAAUGCAAAAUAUGAUGAACAUGUUUGGCGGCGGUGCUGGUGGUGCUGGUGGCCUCCCAGGCAUGGGUGCUGGCGGUAUGCCAGAUAUGAAUGAAAUGAUGAAAAUGAUGCAAGAUCCACAAAUGCAACAAAUGGCUAAACAAUUUCGGUUUAGGAAUGUUAUUACAAUUUUAGAUCAUAAUUAUAAACAAUCUUAUCAUCUUAUGUAUACUAUAUUAAUAAUAAAUGAAAUUACUUAA